GCAAGCCUGCUGUGGAACGAGGCCUGGGGACUUGGCUGCCUCUGGACCAUGAUGGGGUUUAUAAAGUGGUGCUUCGCAGGAAAACUCAAAAAGCUCUCUGGACGCCGGGGGCGGAGCAGAUGGCAGACAAUGUCAGCCACUAACAACAUAGCCCAGGCCCGGAAACUGGUGGAGCAGCUCCGCAUCGAGGCCGGCAUCGAGCGCAUCAAGGUCUCCAAAGCCUCAUCCGAACUCAUGAGUUACUGUGAGCAGCACGCCCGGAGCGACCCCUUGCUGGUUGGAGUUCCUGCUUCCGAGAACCCGUUUAAGGACAAGAAGCCUUGUAUUAUUCUAUAGCUGUGUUCUCUGCGUGCUCGGCUUCUCUCUCUCUGUCUCUCUGUCCUAUCUCUCUCUCUCUCAGGCAGGGCAUCUUUCAGUCCUUAGCUCAAGCAAAACAUCUCAAGCCCCCAGCACUUUUAACCCAACAUAAAUGCGGGAUGCCCGGAUGGGGUAAUAACCAACAAUCCUCUAGGUCUAGAUGGAUCUUCACACCAACAUCACAACCCCCUCAAAGACCCUGCCCAAAGACGGGUGGUGGUCUCACAACCACUUCCGAUUCAGAGCAGCCGAAACGCCCCAGCGACGCGGUAACCGUUUAACGCCCUCCGUUGCCAUUUGAAUUGUGGUCGGGCGGCUGAGCUGGGUGGGGACAAGGGGACAGAGGUGGGGAAUCUGCCCCCGGCUCAGGCUGACCUGGCUGGCCGGCCAUUUCCUCAUAAUUGGCUGUUUACGAAAAGGUUUCCGCCAGGCCGCUGGGAUGUUUUUAAAACGGGCAAAAUUUGGUGGCACAUAGCUACCUUUUCUGGAAAAAAUCUCUCCUCUUUGUUUAAAAAGUUGUUACUCCAGGCUGCUGAAAUCAGCUUGUGAUGGCGGAGCCUGUAGUUAAGCUGCAGCGUGUGAUGUACAGGGCGGUUUAGGGGCUGGGAAGAGGGCAGGGAGGGGAGGGGGACUUUGUCUGUGAAAUGCAGCGCGUGGCGCCAAGCGUCACCCAACCGCGUGGCAGUGUCACCAGCAGCCACGCCGUGGCCCUUGACCUUCCCUCCGAGGCCCCGCCAUCACGGAAUCGGCUUUUCCUCUACUCGCCCCCGGGAGAGUAACUGCUUGAAUCGCCAGCUGUCUUUUGUUUGAAGCACGAGCCCUGGAUGCGGUGGCUCGCGGCUUUGACGGUCUCUGGCGUCUCCGGGGUCCCACUUCUGCGCGCCGCCACGGCCGUGUUACAAACAGAAGCGCCGUCUGGGGUGAUGGUUCCGCCGGGCGGGUCGAGCCGUGCUUGGCUUUGGCGUGGAGAGUUUCUAAACGAUUUGAAAGUAAUCUUUGACGAUGAGAUUCAACGCUGGCACUCGGCUCUCCCCCUUCCUGCUCUCGUCUGGUUGUUGCGCUCUUAAAACCAGCUGCUGCCACGUGGCCCCUGACUCACUGUGACCCCACGUGCGUCAGAGUAGAGCCGCGCUCCGGAGGGUUUUUGAUGGCUGAUUUUUCGGAAAGGCCCCUGGGUGACGCAAACGAUUUGCAUUCAUCUACUAACCUAAAAAUUGGCGUUUCGAACCUCCCCAGUGCUGCUGCAGAAGAAAGGCCUGGUGAUCCACUUCUAGAAAAGAUUAUAGCCAAGAAAACCCUACGGAGCAGUUCUACUCUGUAACACAUGGGGUCGCUGUGAGUUGGAAUCAACUGGAUGGCAAUGAGGUUUUUUUUUAACAGAUCCUUUGCAAGUGGAUCACCAGACCUUUCUCCCGAGGCACCUGUGGGUGAACUCGAACCCCUAACUUUUUGGCGAGCAGUGAGCACGUCCACCGUUCGUACCACCCUGUCUCCCUCGUAGUCCCUGCACAACCCAGAACGUCGGUUCAGGGAAGUGAGAUGUGUUCUGAAUGGAAUCCGCCACUUUCCCACCAGCUCUGGAAAUUUAAGAUGGCGUGGGGUUGGUGGAGGGAGGGGGCCCUUUUAUACAAACGAGUGUUUCCUCUCUGA